GUGGCCCCAGGGGGCGGGUGCAGCGCGAGCGGGGCGGUUAAAGUGUUGCGACGGCGGUGCGCGUCCGUCCGCGGGGCUGCGCGGCUCCGGGCAGGGUGCUUUGUGUGCGCGGGACCAUGGGCGAGCAGAAGGCGGUGAUAAAGGACACGGACAUGCCGGAGGAGAUGCAGCAGCAGGCCGUGCAGUGCGCCGUGCGGUCUCUGGAGGAACACAGCCCUGAGUGCAGCGUGGCUGCUCAUAUAAAGAGGGAGUUUGACAGGAGAUACAAUCCCACCUGGCACUGCGUUGUGGGGAGGAACUUUUCCAGCUGCGUGACGCAUGAGACCAAUCACUUCAUCUUCGCCUACCUGGGCCAUGUCGCUUUACUUCUCUUCAAGUCUGGUUAGAGCCAGGGGCUGCUUCCCGAACCCCACCCCGCCGUUUGCUGACCCACAGCCCGGUGCUUGCAGCCCUCCCGUGUGAGGACCUUGGGUGCGGAUUUUGCUGGAGUGGGUGGCGUUCUUAUUGUUCUUAGGGGGGAGAUGGAAAGAGGAACACCUCCUUGCUUUCCACAGCCAGCUUCUUUCCCAAUAAAAAUGUUGUUCUGCCUUUCGAA